AUGGCAGAACUUUCUGAUCGAUUGGUUAGAAGCAAGAAUAUCAUAAUAACUGGAUUAAUGGAAACAAAUAUAUCUGACUAUAAAGAUAGAAAAGAGGCUGAGAAGAGAGAAAUACUUGGUUUAUUAAAAAAAGAUCUCAAACGAUUGUACAGAACUAAAAAGUAUAACACGCCUGGGAAAGUAUGUGCCAGACAAGUAAUGCCUACUCAAAAUCAAACGCCUCAACAACAAUCUUUCUACAAUGGAGAGAUGAACCUAACUAUCAAAUACAACAAAGGUAUACCUAAAAUAGUUAAAAUUAAGCCAAAAAACUACAAAAUUCUUUGA